GGCUUGGCUUUGCUUUACUCCCCCCCCCCGAGAUAAAUAAACAAAAAUCUUACCCCCGCGUCUGUGUAAAAGGGCUUUGGCGUCUGGAAUUACACCCCUUCGGCUGCAUCACUGCUGGGAACCGCGCAUUACCAGGAACCGUCUACCUGCCGGGCUCCCAGGAGGAUUUGGCUUGUGUGUCUUGGAGAGAGCUUGUCCGGCGAGGAUGGAUCUCUUGCACCUCUUACGGCUGCUGCUUACCGCCUGUGUGUUCGGCCUGUCCCAGACAAUCAACCCCUUUGUGGUGCAGCAAACUGCAUCCGACCCUUGCUACGAUGAGAACAGCGCCCCCCGGCGCUGCAUCCCCGAGUUUGUCAAUGCUGCCUUUGGGAAGGAAGUGCAGGCCUCCAGCACGUGUGGGAAGCCUCCCACUCACCACUGCGAUGCCUCAGACCCCCGCAAAGCCCACCCGGCAUCUUACCUCACGGACCUCAACACUGCCUCCAACAUGACGUGCUGGCGCUCCGAGAGCCUGCACCUUUCCCCUCAGAAUGUCACGCUCACCCUCUCCCUGGCCAAGAAGUUUGAGGUGAUUUAUGUCAGCCUGCAGUUCUGCUCGGCCCGACCUGAGUCAGCAGCCAUUUUAAAAUCUAUGGAUUAUGGCAAGACCUGGGUGCCUUACCAGUACUACUCCUCCCAGUGCCGGAAGAUCUACGGCAAGCCCAACAAAGCCACCGUCACCAAGCAAAAUGAGCAGGAGGCGCUGUGCACUGAUGGCCACACAGAUCUGUACCCGCUUACUGGGGGCCUCAUUGCCUUCAGCACGCUGGACGGACGGCCCUCCGCCCAAGACUUUGACAACAGCCCAGUGCUCCAGGAUUGGGUGACAGCUACGGACAUCCGGGUCAUUUUCAGCCGCCCCCAUUUGUUCCGGGAGCUGGGGGGCCGGGACAAUGAGGAGGACGAUGGCGGGACCGGCUCGUUUUCAUACUAUUAUGCCGUGGGUGAGUUCCAGGUCGGGGGGCGGUGCAAGUGCAAUGGGCAUGCCUCCCGCUGCGUGAAGGACAAGGAGGGCAAGCUCGUGUGUGACUGCAAGCACAACACUGAGGGCCCCGAAUGUGACCGCUGCAAACCCUUCCAUUAUGACCGCCCGUGGCAGAGGGCCAACGCCAGGGAGGCCAAUGAGUGUCUAGCCUGCAACUGUAACCUGCAUGCCCGGCGCUGCCGCUUCAACAUGGAGCUGUACAAACUCUCAGGCAGGAAGAGCGGAGGUGUCUGCCUCAACUGUCGCCACAACACGGCCGGCCGGCACUGCCAUUACUGCAAAGAGGGGUUCUACCGGGACAUGAGCAAAUCCAUCACCGACCGCAAGGCCUGCAAAGCUUGUGACUGCCACCCUGUUGGCGCAGCCGGUAAAACCUGCAACCAGACCACCGGGCAGUGCCCAUGCAAAGAUGGUGUGACAGGGCUCACCUGCAAUCGCUGUGCCAAGAGCUACCAGCAGAGCCGGUCACCUGUGGCUCCUUGCAUCAAGAUUCCUGCCAUCAACCCAACCUCCGUGGUCACCAGCACAGAAGAGCCGGCAGACUGUGAUUCGUACUGCAAGCCAGCCAAAGGCAACUACAAGAUUAAUAUGAAAAAAUACUGCAAGAAGGAUUAUGUUGUCCAAGUGAAUGUCUUAGACAUGGAGACAGUGGCCAACUGGGCUAAGUUCACUGUCAACGUCCUCUCGGUCUACAAGUGCCGCGAUGAGCGUGUGAAGCGUGGUGAUAACUUCCUGUGGAUCCACAUGAAAGACCUGGCCUGCAAGUGCCCCAAGAUCCAAAUCAGCAGAAAAUACCUUGUCAUGGGGAUCAGCGAAAACCCCACUGACCGACCAGGACUCAUGGCUGACAAGAACAGCCUAGUUAUCCAAUGGCGGGAUGCCUGGACCCGGCGUCUGCGGAAACUGCAGCGGCGGGAGAAGAAGGGGAAGUGUUUGAAACCAUGAUGGGCUUUGUGUCUGUCGCUUACUAAAGUCCCCGCCCUAUGCGCAUUCUUCAGACUGUUCCCCAGAGACUCUGUAUAUAUAUAUAGCGUGAACAGACUCUCCUGUCUAUAGUGUAUAUUUGCGAUGGGUUCCUUUGUGUGCGUGAAGGCCUGGGUGUGCCUGGGGGUGUGUGUGUCCUUAAUGUUGAUUAAAAGUAACACAGUAAGGACAAGCCUUUAAAGAGGAGUGAAGUGGAGGAUGAGCCCAGUGUUGCUAGGUCUGAAGUUGCUCAGAGGAUAUAAGCAAAAGGCCUCUCCGUCAGGGCCCCUCUCCUGUGGGCGUCUCAUUGUUUCUGAUCUCUCUUCACUUUCGGGGGUGAGCUCCAGGCCCUGCCUGCUCCCAGUGUCCGAGCGCAAGUCCUCAGCUCUUCACUCAGCCACGGUAUACCUGGGUGUGGACUAGUCUAAGCUCUUCAGUCCCCUUCCCAUCCAUAGCAGCUGAGACUAGCCUGGUGUCAGUUCAUGGAUUAUGAGGCCAAAAGAGACCAUUGUGAUCAUCUCGUUUGCCCUCCUGCAUAGCACAGGCCAGAGAACUUCCCUGACUUAACUUCCCCCAUUCCCAUCUUCUACCCUAUUUCAGGUCACCCUGAAGGGAAAGCAAAAGCAUUGGACAUAGAGGGUCAGAUUCUUCUGUCAUAUAUACUGGUAUAGGUAAGGAGUAAGUGCAUGGCUUGCUAAUGGAUUUCCAUAUGCAUACAGUAUGAGAGGAGAUUCCAGCCCUGGAGUUCCAUGAAAAACCAAAGUGUCUAAUUUGCCAGUUACAUCAUGUUUAUGUUGAUACACCAUCAUUGAUUUCACUGAUGUGACACAGUGAGAAUCAGGCCCUUUGGGUUUAUUCAGCCACUGCUGGAAUGCACCAGCCCCCACCUGCAGACUGGUCUUAGCCAAGGUCACUGCCAAAGGCCUUCUUAUAUCCUCUCAGAAAAUGUGUACGUUUGUGGGGGCAGAUCCUCAGCUGGUGCAAAUCAGCCAAUUUGCAUCAGCUGAGGAUCUGGCUCGACAUGCAUAAUUCAGCUGUGGGCCUGAUUCUGCCCUGCUUUUCACCCAAUGUAGUUAUUUUCAUCUGGGCCAAAGGACUGUGAAAAGCUGCGAUUCAGACUUGGACAAUGAUUUGCAGAGGUGUAAAUGGGGGCAGAAGGUGAAAUCCCAGGAAGAUCGAGUCCUCAGGGUGUUUUUAUGCUUCCCCAGCCCUCUGAGUCUCAAGGGGGCAGGAUUGAUAAAGCAAAGCUAAUGCACUGGUGGUUAUGGUGAGAAGCUCUAGUUCACCAGGGCAAGGGAAUUGUAGUCCCUUGACACAGGCACAUUCCAAAUGGGCACAGAGUGGGCCUGGGUGGCUGUUGGAUUGGAUCUACUCAGAGGGCAGGAAAUGGUGCAGCAAGAUAACGGAGCAGCCUGAAAACAGUGUGUGGCGGGAUGAUCCCUGUAAACCAAUUGCCGUGGGCACCUGUGGCUCAGGGAGAUGUUACGCUGUAGAGCAGUUUAAGACUGAGGCUCGUUGGCAGAGCUGUGUGAGGGCCCAGGCCUGGCACAGGGGACUUUGCAGGUUAAGAUACUGGCAGAAUUGUGUUUUAGCUCAGGAAUGGAAGAGUGUUUUGAGGCCAGACUGAGGUGACCUGUAUGGUGAUGCGGGACUGAACACCAGGAGGUGUUUUGGGGCAUGAUUAAGGUACAUUAGCAGAGCUGGCUGAAGGCCCAGAAUUGGCUUAGCAAAGCUCUUUGAGGUCAGGAAUGUCAUGCACUGAAGGCCCAUGAAAGCUGGCAGAACAAGGGGUUGCUGAAAAUCAAAAUUGUAUAGCUGUGGGAGGACCAGAGACAGACUAGCAAAUGGUCAUGUGAGGUGUGCUGACUGGACUAGUUUGCCCAGUGCCUGCCUUUGCUGUUCUCACUGCAGACAGUACUAGCAGGCGCACCCUUGUGUUUGCAUUAGUACAAGGAGCAGAGUGGAAAUGCACAUUCCUGACACCUAGUCACUACUCGUGUUAUUUACAUUCAGCCACCAUCAUGGGAUGGUCUUUGAAUUACAUUCUAUUCCCCCCGCCCCAGCAAUUCAUGUCACCUGGGACCAUACAUGUGGGGCCAUGUUUACUUACAAUGCCAAUACCUGGCCAAUUGUUGAAGUCAAUUGCAAAAAACCCACCCUUUUCUCCAGGGGGGCUUGAGUUCACACUGCAGCCUGAUUCUCCUCUCAUACCAAUUUUACACCAGUGCAACUUGCUUGACUUGAGUGCAGUUACUCCUCAUUUACCUGGUAUAAGUGUGAUCAGGACCAGACCCACAGUGUGCUGUGUCACACAUAUUUUGCACACCCACUGAACACCAAAGCCCUGAUUCUGAUCUCAUUGACACCCAUGUAAUUCCAGAGCAACACCAUUAAAGCCACCUGAGGUACCCUGGAUUUACAUGGAUGUAACUGACCUCAGGAGUUGACCCCCCCCCCCCCCCAAAAGCCAUUGCUGUGCUAGGAACUGUCAUUUCCUAACCAAUUUACACCAUGGGGCAAACUCAGGCCUGGUGUAAGCAGCUGCAAUGCCAUUUCUGACUAUGCUUAGGG